AGAAUCGUAUAUUGUUCUCAUAGAAAACCCCUUAAAGCAGGAACAUUUUCCUGGUAAUCCAAUAUCGAAACUAAAUGAGUUGUCUCCAGCCUACGGAGAAACGAAACCUUCGUGAUUCCUCUCACUUUCGGUUUUGAGACCGUGAGCUCUAUAUCUUUCCAGCAGACAUUCUGGUUCCCUCAGUUCUUCUCUGUCACACGACAUGGAACCGGCAGAACUUGAAGAAUCCCAGUCGCUCCAUUCUGCUUUGUCAGAUGACCUGGAGCUGAGCGAACUUGAAGAAACAGCAGCAUCUCCUAAGCCAUGCGGCCUGACUAACAUCCUAAACGAGCAAUAUGAGGAGAAAGUACGUCCCUGUAUCGACCUGAUCGACUCUCUGCGCUCACUGGGCGUGGAGCAGGAUUUGGCUCUGCCAGCUAUUGCCGUUAUCGGGGACCAGAGCUCGGGGAAGAGCUCUGUGCUGGAGGCUCUGUCUGGAGUGGCGCUGCCAAGGGGGAGCGGAAUUGUGACACGAUGUCCUCUGGAACUGAAGAUGAAGAAAAUAAAAGCAGCGGAUAAAUGGUAUGGUAAAAUAAAGUACGGAUUAGAGGAAAAGGAAAUUGAGGAUCCCUCUGAAGUGGAGUUGUUCAUUCGAAAAGCCCAAGAUCAGAUUGCAGGUGUUGGUGUGGGUAUCUCUCAAGAACUAAUAAGUCUGGAGAUCUCUUCCCCUGAUGUUCCUGACCUCACGCUCAUCGACUUGCCAGGAAUUGCCCGAGUUGCUGUGAAGGGUCAACCUGAGAACAUUGGGGAACAAAUCAAGAACCUGAUAAAGAAGUUCAUCACAAAGCAGGAGACAAUUAAUCUGGUUGUGGUGCCAUGCAAUGUUGACAUAGCAACAACCGAAGCCUUAAAAAUGGCACAAGAAGUGGACCCUCAUGGUGAACGGACUCUAGGUAUCCUGACAAAGCCAGAUCUGGUGGACAAAGGCACAGAAGAGACAGUUGUGCAAAUCAUCCUCAAUGAGGUCAUUCACCUUGCAAAGGGCUACAUGAUUGUCAAGUGCAGGGGACAGAAGGAUAUUAUAGACAGGGUGUCACUUACUGAAGCACUUGACAAAGAAAAAGCUUUUUUUGAAGGACACAGCCACUUCGGCGUCCUCUUUAAAGAAGGCUAUGCCAGCAUUCCACAUCUGGCUGAGAAGCUGACUCUAGAGCUUGUGCAGCACAUUGAGAAAUCCCUGCCCCAACUAGAUGACCAGAUUGAGAGAAAAAUAGCUGAAAUUCAGACAGAGCUUGAGAAGUAUGGAAAAGGACCUCCGAGAGAUGCUGCAGGAAGGAAGGUCUUUCUGAUUGACAAAUUGACCGAAUUCACACGAGACAUUAUCAACUUGAGCACCGGAGAAGAUCUGAAGAAUGGAAAGAAGUUUAACCUGCUAUCUACACUGAGAGUAGAGUUUGGAAAGUGGAAGAAACACCUUGACCAAUCUGGGAUAAAAUUCAAUACCAAGAUUGAAAAAGAAAUGAAAGAGUAUGACACUAUUUAUCGGGGCAGAGAACUUCCUGGCUUUGUCAACUACAAGACAUUUGAGAUGCUAAUGAAGGAGCAGAUCAGCCAGCUGGAGGAACCUGCUGUAAAGAAGCUUAAAGAAAUUUCAGAUAUAGUGAGGAGAGCAUUUGUAGAACUUUCUCAACAGAGCUUCACUGGAUACCCGAACCUCCUCAAAAUUGCCAAGACUAAAAUCGAAGCGAUAAAGCAGAGCCAAGCAGCCACAACGGAGUCCAUGGUGAGGACUCAGUUUAAAAUGGAGAUGAUAGUGUACACCCAGGACACCACUUACGGUCACAGCUUACAGGAGGAGAAGGGGGAAGAGGAGAAGAAGGAGAAUGCUCGUCAGGGUAAAGCUCCCAUUUACAGGCAAGAUGCUGAGACCACACUAUAUGAGAUGGUGAGGCAUCUCAAAUCAUACUAUCGUAUCGCCAGUCAGCGCCUGGCUGACCAGAUCCCACUAGUCAUACGCUACCAGAUCCUGCAGGAGGCAGCCUUGCAGCUACAGCGGGAGAUGAUACAGCUACUGCAGGAGAAGGACAACGAGGAUCACCUGCUGAAGGAGGAAUAUGACAUCGGCACCAAGAGGAAUAACUUGGUCUCCAGGCUCAAUCGCCUGCUACAGGCACAGAGCCGUGUGCUGACAUUUUAGCCCAGAGGCCAGGCUAUGAUCAUGAUACAUUACAUUGUGCAUUUAGGAGAUUUACUUCUGGAAGCUCAAAUACCAUGUAAUGUUAGAUUAUCGUAAUCUGAGUAGUGUAGGUACGUAGGCUCACCUGAGUUUUUGUAACACUAGCACAGCGAUGUAGGACAAAUGAUAUAUUUAUUACAUGUGUCAUUUUACUUGUGAUUUUUGGGAAGGGAAUGUUCUUCAGUGCGUGCAUUUAAUUUGAUUUACAUUUCUGUAUCCUUUUUGGUAUUAAUACAAGAACUUGCAUAUU